AUGCUUCCAUCAUUAGUAAGGACAGGUGGGUAUGUCUGGAAAUUCACUCCACAUAUCACAUCAACCCAAAGAGCAAACCUUAAAAAAAGAAUGUUACAAGUUGAUGAAAAUAUAGAACAAAUAUAUCAAGGAUUAAAAAAAUCUUCAAAUAUAGAAACUCAAGAUGAACAUAAAAACAAGAAGAAUCUUAAAACAGGAUUUGAUAAAAUAGAUUAUUUAAAAUUUGAAUUUCCUAAAUUUAAUCAAAUGUCAAGUAGAGAUAAAUAUACUACUUUUAGUAGACAUUCAAGAGAUUAUAGAAAACCUAUUCAUAGAGUACCUAAAUGGACUAAACUUUCCUUUAGAGAAGAUCCAAAACAUUUUUAA